UCGGCACUGCACUGCGCACUCGCUGCGAUUAUACACAUCAAUGUAUCGUGGCACUUCAUCGACGCUGUCGAUAUCAUAGAACAUCAGGAAACGGUCAAGAUGGUUGCUCAGAAUUGCGUGUGGAGUGAUAUAUUCGACGAUCAAUCACGAGCUAAUUUGGAAGGGGGAUACGUAGCGACAGGGAUUAUUUCCUCUCUGCUGGGUAUCUGGCUGAAUCUUGCUUUGUUAUUGACUAAUUUAAGAUCAGACUUGAGCUACCGUAAUCUGGCCUUUUUUACGGUUAUCGCCUGUUUAAGACGAGCCAUCUCCGUAUUCUCCCAACUCCCACUUUUUAAUUACUCAGAGAGUUUGAAAUAUGAAACUCAAGACAUAUCCUGUGACAUUUCUGGGUUUUGGGAUUCAUUUUGGACAGUCUACGAAGUAGAAUGUUUAACACAUGUGUGCAUUGAACGAUAUGUCAUAGCUAAGUAUACAACCAGAGGGUGGCCUAUUCAAAAAAACCAUUACGUUUUGUAUCAAGGAUUGUGUCUGUUUUUUGCUAGCUUAUACUCAUUACCGCCUCUAUUUGGAAUCGGUCGAUUCGGGUAUGAUUUUUCAUGCCAAUCUUGUGUCUUGGAUAUGGUUUUACCAGCGACGUGGCAGAGAUAUGUCGUUCUUGCAAUAUUUUUGCUUCGCAGUGUAAAAUCAACAGGCUUCAUGCUAACAAUGCUAAUAUGGGCAACAAAUCUGGAAGCGAAAUACGAUAAAUCGGAAAAAUUAAUGAAAGAAAUACGCUUUACUAAGAGUGUAAUUGUUGUAACUAUCGUAAACCUGCUUUGUUGGACGCCAAUAGCUGGUAUACGAGGAUGGGUUGUGCUUUCGAGUCUGCUUUCUGAUGCUGUUACGGUUCACCCCUCGGUCUCAUCAAUACAGUGGGCGGUCUGGAUAUAUUGGGUGGCACCUGCGCUUACUACUAUAGCAAUGUUUCUUGUCGACGCUAAAGCUCAUCAGAAAAUGAUUCAAGUAUGGAAAGGUGCCGAGCAAACUGAUAAGGUGGCUAAAAACGAAUAGGAUUCUUUAUUUUUACUCUUAUAUUUGUAUUAUUAUAAAAAAGACAAAUAAAACAAUUAAGUUUUGCUCUUUUAGGCAUUCACAAACAAUUAUUAUAAUGUACGCAUAUUUGAAGGCGUUAAUAUGAUAAUACAGUUUUUAAUGAAUAAUAAGCUAAUUCAAUGCAUGUAUUUAUAGUUAUUAGAAGAAUAUACCAAUCGCAUAAAAAGUUUACAUUUGCAGUAAACCUGCAAAAGUAAAGUCGAUUUGUAAAUUGUUUCUUCCAUUUUAUCACAGAUUAAUGAAGUCUUUAGUAACUUAUAUAUUUUCAAUAAUAACAUGUAUAUUAAUAAAAGUUGAAAAAUAAAUAAAGAUUUACUAUAAAUUUGGUUAUAUUGUAUAAUAUACUGGUGGGAGGGCUUUGUGCAAGCUCGUCUGGGUAGGUAUUACCCAUUCAUCAGUUAUUCUACCGCAAAACAGCAGUACUUGGUAUUGUGUUCCGGUCUAAAGGGUAAGUGAGCCAGUGUAAUUACAGGCACAAGGGAAAUAAUAUCUUAGUUCCCAAGGUUGGUGGCGCAUUGGCGAUGUAGGCGAUGGUUAACAUUAAUUUCUUACAAUGCCAAUGUCUAUGGGUGUUGGUGACCACUUACCAUCAGGUGGUCAUUAAGCUCGUCCGCAUACCCAUACUAUAAAAAAAUAAAAUAUUAUAAAAGCUAAACGUGAUCAUCUUUUGCAUAUUUUUUCAAUAACUAAAUAUUGCAUUUUUUUAUUGAAGUUUAGAAUAACAAAUUAACAUUCUAUCUAUAAUAUAAGUGAGGGUAAAUGCAUUUGUUUUUUCACAACAAAACUCUUGGAAGUCUAAUUUAAAUUGAUUUCAAAGUAAUCCUUUAUUAGAGUAUGUUAAUAUUGUAAUAACAUCACGGAACUGCGCUACAGAUAAUUUAUUAAUGGUUAAUGUACCCUACUAGCGAUUUUUGUUUUAAAUCUUGGUGUCUUUAUCAGGAAUAAGGUUGAAAUACUAAAAAAGUUCUAAUAAAUAAUUUCGAUUAAUAAUAAAGUUCUGUCAAGCACAGUUAUAUUUUAUAUAUUUUUGAGGUUGUUAAAACAAAUAAUAAUUCUGAAAAGGUUAAUAAAAAUAUAUAUUCAAUUGCUGUUGUAACUUUAAUAAUCAAAGUCAUAUUAACACUCAUUCACAUUGCAAUCAUGAUUAAUGUUAGAAUCGAUACUAUUAUAAUUUAAAAAUUUGUACGAAGAAUCGCGCUGCUCUGUAAAAAAUAUAAUAUAUAGUAUUGAUUGCGUAUAUAAGUCAGUCUAAUAUAGUAUACACAAUGCAAAGUGAAGGUCCGAUAUUUCUAACAAUAAUACAUAUAGAAAUUGAA